CCGCCUCCUUGCGCCGGCUCGCCUGGCCUGCCUCCCUGCGCCGCGCGGCGCGCUCUCCCGGCUGGCUCUCGGCUUCUCGAGCACCCGCGCUCGGUGCUCGCGUCCCCUCCCCUCCCUUCCCCUCGGCGGGGCGCGCGUCGUCACUCGGGUUCCCGGCAGCCACACGCUCUUCCCGCCGUGCACCAGCAACGCGCGGCGGUGGAAGAUCGCCUCCCGCCUCGUCACUCGCUGACACCUACCACACCUGCUGGCUCCCUUAGACCACCACCAUCGCUGACACCUCUCCCAUCAACUUGGUAAUUAAUUCUAGCAUGGACUCUCUUCAUCUUGUGCACAUCAAGAUUCUGGCUGCUGACCUUCUCUCCCUAACCGUACGGCACACUUCACCUCCUUCCUUUCUUCGCUGUGGACGCACGGUUGCUCGUGCUGAGCUUGUUGGGGUUGUGGUCUCGUGCGACCGAAGGGACAAGUUCCUCCGCUUUCUGGUCGAUGAUGGCACCGGCUGUGUGCCGUGCGUCCUGUGGCUGAACCACCAAUAUUUAAAUGCUAACAAUUCCUCCAGGGCAUUAGAGUCUGAUCCAACUGCAGAAAUGGCAUUAAAAAUGUCAGAAGAAGUGCGUCUAGGCACUCUUUUGAGGGUCCGGGGCAGGAUUGUCAUGUACCGUGGCGCAAUCCAGAUUGCCGUAAGAGACGUGGUUCUGGAGAAGGACCCCAAUGUGGAGGUGUUACAUUGGUUACAAUGUGUUCGCAUGGCCAAGGAAUGCUAUGAUUUGCCACUGCAUUCUGCUGGACGUGCCUCCUGAAAGGGGUUUAUAGCCUCAUUAAUGAAAUACACAAAUGUUUAUGUUGGUUGCGGGGAAUUUACUUCGAUUUCCUUAUUAGGUCUGUUUGCAAUUGCAUUAGUAGGUCUAAUGCAGAGGCUUCUAGUGAUCGAAGUCUGCAUUUGGGACCAAGCAUUGUCCAUGGGCCCAAAGAUGAUUAUGUGUAUUAUCUCUGCAGAUGAAAGAAAAAAAAAUAUUAUUUUGA